AUGGACUUUGAGCUUGGAUGGUUCCUGGAUCCCUUAAUGUUUGGCCACUAUCCUCGUUCUAUGCAAAAACUUGCAGGCGAUAGGCUGCCUCAGUUUUCAACUCAGGCGUCAAAGAAUGACAGAAUGUGGAUCAGGAAAUUUGUACUCAAUGAUGCUUCAACCGAUGUUGCGAUCAUACCAACUGUUUAUAGGCAUGAAAAGAGAAUAGGAGAAACGGCAGCAUCAAGCUGGUUGCACAUAGUUCCUUGGGUCAUGUUCAAGCUAAUGAAGCACAUCAAAGAAAAGUACGGAAAUCCGCAUGUGAUCAUUACUGAAAAUGGUAUGGAUGAUGCAAAUCACCCAUUUUCAAGAUUAGAGAAUGUCCUGCAAGAUGAUAAAAGGAUACAGUACCACAACGACUACAUGUCUAACCUCCUAGAUGCUAUAAGGAAGGAAGGUUGCAAUGUCCACGAUUAUUUUGUGUGGUCAUUGCUCGAUAACUGGGAGUGGAACUCAGGGUACACGGUGCAGUUUGGUCUUUACUACAUUGACUACAAUAACAACUUGAUAAGGAUACCCAAGGCAUCAGUCGAAUGGUUCAUACAGUGCCAGUGCAGGCAGAUACGGAAGUAG